AUGUCGCGGAUGUGCAUGCAGGUGGACGGCGCCAAGUGGGACGCUUGGAACCGGGCACUAGCCGGAACAGCUGGUGUUCUUGCUGUUGGAGGUCGCAAAGACGACGGUUCUUUGGCAAAACUUUACGAUAUUGCUGUGGAGCUUCGUGAACGGCUUCGUUACAGCCAGGCCCGGCUCCGCAAUCUGAAGCAAGAGCUGUCCGCCACCGCGGCCGCCGCCCGGUCGGAGCGCCAUGAGGCUAUGAUCCGAUUGCAGGAGCUGGAGACGGAGGUGGCCAGGCUGGCGGGGGCGGUCCAGGCCCAGGGCAGCACACUGGCCGCAAGGGAAACCGUGUCUCAAUCGCAGGCAGCGGAGAAUGAGCAGUUGCGGCGGCACAUCGCCAGGCUGGAGGGACAGCUGCAGCGCUGCGAGGAGGACAGGCGUGUGACGAUCUCGGAGCGCAACGAUGCACUGCGGCACCUGGACAGAAUGACCCGACUGCUAGAGGAGUCGGAGGCCCGUGUGGCCGCGGUGCAGGCGGAGCACAGCAACCUACUCGACGAGAUGGUGGCCGCCAAGGGCCGCUUAGCUGACCUGUCAGCCCUGGAGACGCUGUACGGCGCCGCACGGGACGAGCUUCAACGUCUGGACAAGGAGAACUUGGAGCUCAAGGACAUUGCGGCGUCGGGGGGCCCGUCCAUUUCCUCCAGACCCCUGUCGCCCGCCGGGGGACGCAUGCUUCAGUUGUCCCCAUCACGGGCCGCCUCGCAGUCGUACUCCCAGUCGUACUCCCAGUCGUGCUCUCCUCCCCUGGAGGACCCUGUCAGCGAAAUGGCCUUCCUGGGUCCGCCCUCCUCCGCCUACCCCCCCGACCCGGAGAACUACCUGUUCUACAGAGUGGGAGGGGGGUACGAGGCAAGAGUGGACCCCACGCAGCCAACGAACCCCCAACCCCGGGCCAGUGGCUGGGUACCCAAAGACGUCGUACGGCUGGUGCAGGCUUUCCGCCACAGCUACGGUUUGAACUUGGAGUGGCGGUUCUGGGAGCCGUUGGUGCUGCUCAUUGACGAGGUGUACCGCAACCGGGCGGGGGUGACUCUGGCGGCCAUGAGGGCGGCGCAGAGGGAGAAACUCAAGGCGAUCAAGCGGCAGGUUCGGGCGGCCCUGGGUUACCCGAGUGCCGUUGCCAACGGAAAAAUCAACCACCUGCAACGGCAACUUAACAGCGCACGGAAGAUCCUUGCGCUCACUGACCGAAAGGAGGAGCAGCCGCUCCGGCAAAUGGCCAUGAAGGACUACCACCUGGGUUACCAGCUGGACAGGUCUGCCUUGAUGAUUUUGCCGGGAAAUCCUUCUUCACCAUAG